CGGCCCCGCCCCGAGCUCGCAUCCUCCCGGGAGCGCGCGCCCGAGCGCCCCGCCCCUCGGCGCAUGCGCACGCACGCCCCCGCCGCCAUGGCUGCCGAGAGGCUCCCGAGCCGGCCCGCCUGUCUUCUGGUGGCCAGCGGAGCCGCGGAAGGUGUGUCCGCCCAGUCCUUCCUCCACUGCUUCUCGCUGGCCAGCGCCGCCUUCAACCUGCAGGUGGCCACGCCCGGGGGGAAGGCCGUGGACUUCGUGGAUGUGACCGAGAGCAACGCGCGCUGGGUGCAGGACUUCCGCCUCAAGGCCUACGCCAGCCCUGCCAAACUCGAGUCCAUCGACGGCGCCAGGUACCACGCCCUGCUGAUCCCCAGCUGUCCCGGGGCCCUGGCCGACCUGGCCAGCAGCGGGUCCCUGGCCCGCGUCCUACGGCAUUUCCACUCUGAGAGCAAGCCCAUCUGUGCCGUGGGCCACGGUGUCGCCGCCCUGUGCUGUGCCACCAACGAGGACAGAUCCUGGGUGUUCCGGGGCUACAGCCUGACGGGGCCCCCCGUGUGCGAGCUGGUCCGGGCGCCUGGCUUCGCCCGCCUGCCGCUCAUCGUGGAGGACUUCGUGAAGGACGCGGGCGCCAACUUCAGCGCCAGCGAGCCAGGCGCCGUGCACGUCGUGCUGGACCGCCACCUGGUCACCGGCCAGAACGCCAGCUCCACCGUCCCCGCCGUGCAGAACCUGCUCUUCCUCUGCAGCCGGAAGUGAGCCGGGAGGCCACCUCGUCCUGGAGCCCCCCCCCCCCCCGGGUGCUGGGCGCAGGCUCCUCCCGCCCUGGCCACUGGGGGAGCCUGGGGAGGGGACGCUCGGACCGGAGGUGAGCAGGGCUGUUUUGGAGCUGCAGCCCGGCGCCUGGCUGGUGCCCCCCUGAACCCUGGCCUGGCCUGUGGCCUCAGAUGUCAGAGGCGGGGGGCCCGGAGCUGGUGCCGUGGGGUUCCCUGCCCGAGCCCUCCGCCCUCCGCCCUCCUGCUGGGGUGUGGCCUGGCUGCAGCCUCCCUGCCUCUGCCCCAGGCAGCUGUCCAGUGUGGGGGUCCCAGCCCACCCAGUGCCCACGGCCUCCCUGGCCCCUCCACGGGUGCUGGUGGGCGCGCAGACGUGGGGGGGACGCAGAGAAGCAAACCGAGAACAGCGUCCCUCCACCUUGACGCCCGAGGUCCGGGCUGGCUCGGCGGUGCCCAGCUGGGGGCCUCCUGGUCCCUGUGAGCUCGGGGACUUGGGGCACAUGUGGUGUAGUGGUGGGCGCCUGGGGGAGGAGCCCCCCAGGCACAGGAGCCCAACAGGAGUCCCAGGGUGGCCCAGAGGAGGAAGCGCAGGAAGUGUGCCUCAGGAGGGCCUGUGUAGGGGGCAGGGACAGGGCAGGACUGCACUGCCCCCCAGGGGAGGGGAGGCCCCAGCGUCAGGGCCCCCCAGGGAGUUGAGUGCAGGGAAGGGCUGCCCACAGGGCCUGGCCUCCGUCCUGGGAGACCUGCAGGACAGCCCACUGGUCAGCUCCCAGGGAGGGGGCUCGGCUGCUGAGGGAGGGACCCAGCGCGGGGUGUGGGAUGAUGAGGCUCUGCUCAGCCCUGCUGUCCCCACAAGGUGGCGCCACUGGGCUGCACAGGAGCCUGAGCCUGGCCUGGCCCCGGAGGUCAGCAAUGACUGCUCCCUGCACCCCGAGCUGGGACGCAGGGCAGGACCCCAGGACCCCGGCACCAAAGCCCACCCCUCCCAGCCCCACCAGUGCAGCUCUGAGGCCGACCCUGACUGGGGUCAGCCGGGAAGGGAUGUGACGGGCGGUGGCUGGGCAGGGAGGAGACCACAGAACAGUGAGGAAAGUGACUGCUUCAAUGCGUUAGGCAGAAUUUACAUAAAAUCAGAAACCUGUGUCCAUCCCCGCUCCAAUUCUACAAAACGAUUCGUCAAGCCAGGCGUCCGCCCGUCCUGGAGGGCGCGGUCGGGUCCCGCCUGGGGUCUCACUUGCCGUUCUCCGAGCCGUUCUCCGAGCUGAACAUGCGCUCCUGCGGUGGAGCGCGGGGUGAGCGGGCCCCCAGCACGGGUGUCUGGCGCGGGGCAGCCCCCCAGCGCUGGUCUCCCCCGGGCACUCACCGUCAGCACGCGCUCCAGCUUCACGGCGUCGGCGGCGAACUUGCGGAUCCCGUCCGAGAGCUUCUCCACGGCCAUCUGGUCCUCGUUGUGCAGCCAGCGGAAGGCCGCCUCGUCCAGGUGCACCUGCUCCAGGUCGCUGGCCUGGGCUGCGGGACGCACACGCACCAGGGCCCUGCAGGCCUGCCCCGGCCCACGCCCCGCCGCCCCCCGCCCGCCCGCCCCCGGCACGCCGGCCUCACCCGCCUUGGCCGAGAGCACGGGCGCCAGUUUGGUGCUGUCCCUCUGCAGCUCCCCCAGCAGCUUGGGCGAGAUGGUGAGGAAGUCAGCAGCCGGCCAGCGCCUUGAUCUCGCCCGUGUUGCGGAAGGAGGCGCCCAUGACGAUGGUCUUGUAGCCGAACUUCUUGUAGUAGUUGUAGAUCUUGGUGACACUCCGCACCCCUGCAGGGGCCGGGCACAGGUCAGCCCGCUCGCUGGGUCAGCCUACCCCACCCUGCAGCCCGCGCCCGCGGCCUCACCAGGGUCCUCGAGGGGCUCGUAGGCCUUCUUCUCCGUGUUGGCCACGUGCCAGUCCAGGAUGCGCCCCACGAAGGGGGAGAUGAGCGUCACGCCCGCCUCGGCGCAGGCCACGGCCUGGGCGAAGGAGAAGAGCAGCGUCAUGUUGCAGUGGACGCCGUGCUGCUGCUCCAGCUCCCUGCGGGCGGGGACACGGCCUCUGAGAGGAGCCCCCCCAGCAGCCCGCCGCAGGGCAGGUGCCGCAGCCUGCACGUCCACACCCCGACCUGCGCACUGCGCGGGGAGGCAGGUGGGGCCGUGCCUCGUUCACGUGGCCCGGCCACAACAGGCAGACCCGCCAGGGUCCCGCACAGGGCCUGUCCUGGCUACAGCUGCGCCACCCCAGGGACUCCAGCCGCUAGCUCCUGUCCCUUCUGCGCCGAGCAUCCACGUGUACACGUUCACUCUAAUAAUUUAUCUUAAAAGA